AUGUUCAAAACACUAGAAAAACUAGCGAUAACAGGAACGUAUCUCAACAUCAUUAUAGUACAUCUGACUUAAAAUGGGAAGCCUGCCAUUGGUGUCCUGUGGGGCAAGGUGAAUGUAGAUGAAGUUGGUGGUGAGGCCCUGGGCAGGCUACUGGUUGUCUACCCAUGGACCCAGAGGUUCUUUGAUUCCUUUGGGGACCUGUCCUCUGCAUCUGCUGUUAUGGGCAAUGCUAAAGUGAAGGCGCAUGGCAAGAAGGUGAUUGAUUCCUUUAGUAAUGGCCUGAAACACCUCGACAACCUCAAGGGCACCUUUGCAAGUCUCAGUGAGCUGCACUGUGACAAGCUGCAUGUGGAUCCUGAGAACUUCAAGCUCCUGGGCAAUAUGAUUGUGAUUGUGAUGGCCCAUCACCUGGGCAAGGAUUUCACUCCAGAGGCACAGGCUGCUUUUCAGAAGGUGGUGGCUGGUGUGGCCAAUGCCCUGUCUCACAAAUACCACUGAGCUACCUUUCCUGCUACCUAUCUCAUACAAAAGGCCUUUUUCCCCAGAGAACAACUGCUAAAUAUUGGGGAACUUAUGAAGGCCUUUGAGCAUCUGGUUUCUGCCUAAUAAAAUCAGUUUUCAUUGCAAUGGUGUACAUUA